CGAAGCGAGGAAGGAGGGAGGGAGGCGCUCAGCCUCCGGCGCUUCCUCGGCUCCCGUUAGCAGACAGCGUUUAGGCUCGAGCUAGCGAGGGCGGCGGUUCUGCACUGUGCGAUGUCGGAAUUGCGAGCAACGGGACCCGGCCCAGGGACGACGCCUGGCGCACCGGGGGUCCCCGUAGCCUCCGGCCCAGGGGGUACCUGCGGACCUGGCCCCGUGACCCCGCUGCCAUCGCCCGGGCCAAGUGGCGGAAGAGGUGACGCCGGAGGAGGCACACUGGGCCCUGGGGGACCGGCCCCAGGGGGGGUGACAGGCGCUCCAGGGGGGAGCUCUUCUUCCGCUUCCGGGUCAACGAGCUCCACUUCCGGGGCGGCUCGGGAAGGCUGGCUUUUCAAAUGGACCAAUUACAUCAAAGGGUAUCAGCGGCGAUGGUUCGUGCUGAGCAAUGGGCUUCUCAGCUACUACAGAUCCAAAGCAGAGAUGCGACACACCUGCCGUGGAACCAUCAACUUGGCCACAGCAAACAUCACUGUGGAGGACUCCUGCAAUUUCAUCAUUUCCAAUGGAGGGGCACAAACCUACCACUUGAAGGCCAGCUCAGAAGUUGAGCGGCAGCGCUGGGUCACAGCCCUGGAGCUGGCCAAAGCAAAAGCUGUCAAGAUGCUGGCAGAAUCAGAUGAGUCAGGUGAUGAAGAAUCUGUAUCCCAAACGGACAAGACAGAACUCCAGAAUACUUUGCGCACUCUCUCUAGUAAGGUGGAGGAUCUCAGCACAUGCAAUGACCUGAUUGCCAAACAUGGAACAGCUCUGCAGCGUUCCCUCAGUGAACUGGAGACUCUGAAGCUACCAGCUGAGAGCAAUGAGAAGAUCAAGCAGGUCAAUGAGCGGGCCACACUCUUCCGAAUCACUUCGAAUGCCAUGAUCAAUGCUUGUCGAGACUUCCUAAUGCUGGCCCAGACACAUAGCAGGAAAUGGCAGAAAUCUCUACAGUAUGAGCGAGACCAGCGUAUCCGGUUGGAGGAGACACUAGAACAGCUGGCUAAGCAGCACAAUCACCUGGAAAGGGCUUUCCGUGGAGCCACAGUCCUACCAGCCCAUGCACUUGGCAGCAUGGAUUCCUCUAAAGAUCAGUGUUGCUCGUCAAAAGGUGAUAUGAGUGAUGAAGAUGAUGAUAAUGAGUUCUUCGAUGCUCCGGAGAUCAUCACGAUGCCUGAAAGCAUGGGCCACAAGAGAACAUCUCAGCUGGAGCAUCCUAGUUCCUCCUUCCUUAUGGUGUGUCUUUCUAACUCCUUUAGACGAACAGGCAGCAACAUCAGUGGUGCCAGCAGUGACAUCAGUCUUGAUGAGCAGUAUAAGCAUCAGGGAGAAGAUACCAAGAAGGAGAAGAGAACUCGAAUUCCACACAAACCAAAUUACAGCCUGAACUUAUGGAGCAUCAUGAAGAAUUGCAUUGGCAAGGAGCUCUCCAAGAUCCCCAUGCCGGUUAAUUUCAAUGAGCCAUUAUCAAUGCUGCAGCGUCUCACAGAGGACCUGGAAUACCAUGAUUUGCUGGACCGGGCAGCCAAGUGUGAAAACUCCUUGGAGCAGCUCUGUUAUGUGGCUGCUUUUACUGUGUCAUCUUACUCCACUACUGUCUUCCGCACUAGCAAGCCAUUCAACCCUCUCCUAGGGGAAACGUUUGAGCUAGACCGAUUAGAAGAAAAUGGCUACCGUUCUAUCUGCGAACAGGUGAGCCACCAUCCUCCAGCUGCUGCUCAUCAUGCUGAUUCCAGACAUGGUUGGACCCUUCGGCAGGAGAUUAAAAUCACCAGCAAGUUCCGUGGCAAAUACCUCUCAAUCAUGCCACUUGGUACCAUCCAUUGUAUCUUCCAUGCAACUGGCAAUCAUUAUUCAUGGAAAAAAGUCACCACCACAGUACACAACAUAAUUGUGGGCAAAUUAUGGAUAGACCAGUCUGGUGAAAUUGAAAUUCUGAACCACAAAACCAGUGAGAAGUGUAUUCUCAAAUUUGUUCCUUAUAGUUAUUUCUCAAGAGAUGUGGCCAGAAAGGUCACUGGAGAGGUACUGGAUCCUUCAGGAAAAGUGCAUUUUAUGUUGUUGGGCACUUGGGAUGAGAAGAUUGACUGCUUCAAGGUGAAUUCUAGCUUGGAGAAUGGUGGUGACAACCGUCUAAGAACACAUGAAACAGAGGACAGCAGGGUGGUGUUGUGGAAGAGGAACCCACUCCCGAAGAAUGCAGAGAACAUGUACUAUUUCUCAGAGCUGGCUUUGACGCUCAAUGCCCCAGAAAGUGGUACUGCUCCCACUGAUAGCAGACUCCGGCCUGACCAAAGACUCAUGGAGAAUGGGCGCUGGGAUGAGGCCAAUGCAGAGAAGCAGCGCUUAGAGGAGAAGCAGCGCAUUUCCCGCAAAAAACGUGAAGCCGAGGCCAUGAGGGCAACAGAGGAUGGAACCCCAUACGAUCCCUACAAAGCAUUGUGGUUUGAGCGGAAGAAGGAUCCUGACACCAAGGAGGUGUCCCAUGUAUACAGGGGAGGCUACUGGGAAAGCAAAGAGAAACAGGAUUGGAGCGUGUGCCCUGACAUCUUCUGAGCUGGAAGCAGCAGGACUCUUCCAAGGAAGAGGUGGAGGAAGAAGAAUGGAGGGAAGUAGCUGAUCAUGUGACUUCUUGGCCGUGCUUUUCUCACUGACUUGUCUGUCUUAAUCAAUCAGUUGUUUUGACUCAAUCACCCAAACCAGAAUCCAGCAGUGGUGAUUGGCUGGAUUGCCUUAGCUGAAUGAAGCUGAAGUUGAUGUCUGGAUUCCUGGAUGGCUAGGAAAACUAGGCAUAGAGGACUGCAUCCUCCGUUUCCCUCACCACUAAAGUAUUGCUCUGCUCACAGCACUAUAGUUGGGGAGGAAGAGGAGAAUGUAUGGAUUGACACCUGCCCUUCUUUCCAGCUUUCUGGUGCUGAAUGAAUUAUACCCACUUUUCAACACUCAGAUAGCCAGUGGCAAGCAGCAAGUAUGCCCAGAGGUGGUUGUGGAGGAACAGGAGGACCUAUCAUUUGACCAUAGGGGUUGCUUUCUGUUUCUUCUCCCCAAACCCUAUAUAGAUCCUUAGGACGAGGAAGUCUUCUAAAGCAUAUUGGAUAGAGGGAGAAGGUGGAAACCAGAGCUGUCAUGUCUCUCAGUUCACAUAGGUAGGAAAGCAAUUAGCUGUAUCUUCAAAGACUAAAAUUUUUCUUUGAGGAUCACCAGCUGGUCACUUGGUGAUAGAAAAUCAAAGUUGCAGUUCUCCCUUUUCAGAUCUGUUCUUCACACCAGGCUCUAGCACCUUCUCCCAGAUUGUGCACUUGGAUGGGCAAUGAUGCAAGAUAGAGCCUCCCUAUUCUAAAGCAACUUCUGGCUUAAUGCACAUCUGUUUAUAUGUAUAUUAUAUAUAUGUAGAGAGAUAUCUAAUUUUUGUUCUGAUUUCUGUUCCUUUUACCCUUUAGGCCCCUAUUGGUAACACUAGCCCCUGCUGCUUUUUUCCACUGGGCCCCAGAUCCACAAAAAAGCUGUACAGGAAGCAUGUCACUAAAAACAGAUUGUCUUGCCUUUCAAAUAACGAAUAAUCCUAUGUAGGCAGAGCUGGAGCUUAGUGGCAUCACUCCCAAAGCUCCUCACUGUGCCAGCCCAAGCCAGGUGUCCAUUGAUUCUUUUGUAAAAUGAGACUGGGAAUGGCCCAAACUGGUCUCAGCCAUUCGGGUCACAGCUGCCAUAACCAGAUCCUAAGGGUAAAAAGCUGUUGCCGCUGUGUAGACGUGGAAAAGCACAUAGAGCCUGCCCAGGCGAGGGGUACAUGUGGCUGUGGGGGCAAAGACAGCCCCUGCCCUUGGCUAAGGAUCACACUUUGAGGUGCCUUCCUUUUGCGUUUUCUCUCCUUGUUUUGUUUUUGUUUUACCCCCUACCUUUCAGCUUUAGCCCAUAAGAAGGAAGAGGCAACAGUGGUGCUUGCUGGUUGGGAGAGUUGAGGCUGAGACCUGCCUCCCAGGCAGCACAGCACUGUGCUGCUCAGCAGAAGGAAAUUGAGACUUGGGGGGGUGCAGUGUGUACACCAUGGCUUGGUCCCUACUAGAAGGCCAAGACCUUCUGGAGCAGGAUAAUAGUGGGCUUUUAAAAAAAGGCGGGGGGGGGGACUAUCCUUGCAAUUCUAUUGUGGGUUGGGUUUGUUUUGGGGGAAGGGGGUUUAUUGUCCUUUUUUUCCAAGAAAACUAAAUUAAAUAAUAAAACCUGAAAUAUCCAAGAA